GCCAUAUUUCCUUGCGCAGCUCAUUCUUGUAUAAUUGAAUGAUUAUUUGAGCUUGAUAAUAGGCAAUGGGGCCUCUUGUUGGUUCCCGUAGCCUGGCAUUGCGUCGUUGCGUGUGCGCCAAUGGCUUUGCUUCGAGCGUUCCUCGCCAGGUGAUUUACAGAAACAGCCGAUUUUACUCACAGACGGCCAAAGAUGAGGCGGGAAGCUCAACACAGCGGGCCAGUUUAUUAGAUCUCUGGAACAAAUACGAGGCCAAUGAUGAAUCACUUGGACUCAACUCGGAGGACAUCUACGUGGGGCUGUUAGGCAAGAGCCGUAAUGUCUCAAAGCACCUUUCAUUCGCAGAUCUCACCACACCGUCGGGUGAAGUCAUUCAAAUCUGCUCCAGCGCAGAGAGAGACAACAAAGCUCAUGAUGACUUCCGCCAAGUUCCUGCUUUCAGCCCCGUUCUCAUCCGCAUAAAGCAGCACGAGGCUGCCGAUGUGGCCGAGUCAAAUACGAGCGACAGCUCAUCAAAGAAGACCGUCUAUCUAGACAGCAUACGUGCCUUGAAUAGCGUCCCAAAGAAUCUGAUAGUAACGCCCGAAGUUCAGUUCCCUCCAACAAAAAGGCAUCUUCAAAUUCGAUUUCACCCAGAAUUGCAAGCCAGACUCCAGUUCAGAUCAUGGCUGAAAGGAAAGCUCAAUCAAAGCUUACUCGAAAAGGGCUUUACGGAUAUAGAGACUCCAACCUUGUUUAAAUCCACACCAGAAGGAGCCAGAGAAUUUCUUGUCCCUACACGACAGAAAGGUACUGCCUAUGCUCUAAGUCAAAGCCCGCAGCAGUAUAAACAGGUCCUUAUGGCCAGUGGUAUAAUGCGCUAUAUGCAAUGGGCACGGUGCUAUCGUGAUGAAGACCUUCGGGCUGACCGACAACCCGAAUUCUCACAGCUCGACAUGGAAUGGGCUUUCGCCGGGGCUGAGACGGUGCAAAAGGAUAUCAAUGAUAUUGUCUUGGCUGCUCUGACUGCUCUUCAGCCAGCACACAGCUACAAGGAGAUUCGAGGAGAGGUGAUUCCUGUUGUUGGCGACAUACCUCCCACCCCUCCACCAGCAGACCAGCCUGUUGCUCAUCAGUUUACAAAUAUUACCUUUGCGGAUAGCAUUGCUGCUUACGGCUCUGACAAGCCAGAUCUUCGUAUUCCUUUGAGGAUACAUGCCCUUCCGGAUCUUGAGCCUUUCCGCCAUUUCGUCAGCAUGAUAACUCACAUGUCCGAUCCUCUAAUCGAAGCCUUUGCAUUCCCACUCAACGAUUGCUCUCCUUCGGAAGUGCAAAAGUUUGUCACUAAGUUUAUGGACGAGCUUCCCGCUUCUCUAGGAAAAAAUCCCGACGGCAAACCUCAGAUUCUUAUCUACGAUUCUAGCAAGCCACUAUGCGGAUUCUCUUCACUGGGCUUUGAGUACGAAGGCGUUUUAGACUUGCUUUCUGAGAAGAAGGGUCUUAAUGACGGAGAUAUUGUUGUUUUCCAGGCUCGCGAGAAGCCCGCUGGACAAUACUAUUCUGGCUCAACUAAGAUCGGAGACAUCCGAAAUCUGCUGUGGAAGGCACUUGUCGAGGCAGGCUACAUGGAGACGCCACGACUCGGAGAGCCAGGAUCGCUUCAGUUCGCUUGGGUGACAGAAUUCCCCAUGUUUAAGCCAGUUGAGGAGGGCGAGCCAGGCCAGGAGGGCGCUGCGGGAAUCGCUGCUUCUCACCACCCCUUUACGGCACCUCUUUCUCAGAAAGACCUAGAGUUGCUUUUCACAGAUCCUCUAGAAGCAAAGAGCGCUGCAUAUGACUUGGUUCUCAAUGGUAUCGAAAUUGGCGGAGGCAGUGUGCGUAACCACAUUGCCGAAGUCCAAGACUUUAUCAUGAGAGACGUUUUGAAGAUGACCGAUAAGAGGAUCAAGGAUUUUUCUCAUCUGUUUGAGGCUCUUCGCUCCGGAUGCCCCCCUCAUGCUGGAUUUGCGCUCGGAUUUGAUCGUCUUGCUGCUCUGAUGACUGGUACACCAACUGUCCGAGAUGUCAUUGCGUUUCCCAAGACAAUGAAGGGAGAAGACCCCUUUGUGCAGUCACCGAGCAAGCUCAGCAACGAGCAACUUGCCCCAUAUGGCCUACAACUUCGCUCAAAAUCCUCAUAAGACGAUGGACGGCUAAUACAUUAUUCGCCAGAGCCUCAGGACUGCUAGGGGGGAUAUGUUUAGAUGGCUGGUGUAGACAGCUGAUAAGCUAGACAAUCGUGUAAGUGAGCUGUACGACUACCCGCGCAAAAGCUGCGCAAAGUUUUGUAUAAUAGAUGCCCAAUCGCGCCCCAAUUUAGACAACAUAUAUAUACACUCAAUAUUAUGAAUUGACGAGAAA